UUUUAUUUAUUGUAAUGUAUAUAUUUAAUGCAGAUAAGAAUUAAGAGAAACAAUUUGUGAUGAAUUGCCUAAUCAAUCCACACAGUAACAACAAUGAUAAUAAUAAUAAUAAACUUCAAAACAGUAUAUUAAUUGAGUAGAAACUUGUUUUUUGUAGCCGGCCCAAGCCCGACCCGUUCCGUUAAACUAUGGUCCUUUGUUUUUUUUUUUUUUUUUUUUUCUUUUUCUUUUUGAGGCGACUAUGGUCCUUUGUUAAUAUUCAUCUUUCAGGUUCCAAAAUGAACUGAAACUUCAAUUUCGCGCCUCUCUUUCUCUCAGAGUUCGCAGAAUAAGAAAAAAGAAAGAGUUGAACUUAAUCACUACAAUGGAAGAUUUCAAUAAUCUCACCGGAGAAAACGAUGAUGAAUCAGAAGAAUUAGUACAAGAAAGAAAAGGCAGUGUUUUCUUGCAGCUAAAACCUUACUGCUUAGAGCUUCUAGAACUUGUUCAAAACCCUAAAAAGGACUCCUCUGCAAUCCCUUCUCUGCUCCGCUUCCUUCAAUCCUCUCCCUCUGUUUCUCUCCAACCAUUCUUUGACUAUACUUUGUUCCCCUUGCUGCUUCUAUUGGAUGCAGCAGUUGAUAGCAGAUCACAAAAGAAGAAUGAUAUUGAGAAGAAUGCUGCUGCCACAAAUACUGUCUCAAAGUUGCCUCAUAAAGUCAGCGACAGAGUGGCAGAAGCUGUCUUGCAAUGUUUGGAGGAACUUCUUAAAAAGUGUAAUUUAGGAUCUGUGGAUCAGAUGAUUGUACUGAUGAAAAAACUGACUCAUGCGGCUUUGCUUUCUCCCCUUGAGGCUUCUGAAGAGUUUUGUGAAGGAGUAAUAAAGUGUUUUAAGGCUCUACUUUUGAGAUUAUGUCCAUGCUCAGAUGAAGCUUGCUCUUGUAGGCAAAGUCUCGGUUUGCCUGCAUUGUUAAAAAGUGCAGAUAUGCAAAUUUGUGAGACUUCAAAUUCUGAUGCAGAACAAGGGGAAUGUUUACUUGCAUUUCUCCAGUCUCAAGCUGCUGCACCUGGUGUUGGACACUGGCUAUCACUUCUGCUCAAGGCUGCAGAUAUUGAGGCCACAAGAGGACAUCGAGGCAAUGCGAAGAUCCGUGUUGAGGCCUUUCUGACCUUACGUGUUCUUGUAUCUAAGGUCGGGACUGCAGAUGCAUUGGCUUUCUUUCUUCCUGGCGUCAUUAGUCAAUUUGCUAGAGUUUUGCAUGUGUCAAAAACAAUGAUAAGCGGGGCAGCUGGAAGUGUAGAGGCUACUGACCAUGCAAUUAGAGGCUUGGCCGAGUAUCUUAUGAUAGUUCUUUGUGAUGAUGCUAAUUUCUCUAGCCUUGAUGUCUCUUCAAAUGAUUUGGCUGGGUUUAGUGUGAAUAAUAAUGAAUCUAUCCAUUCACUUCUGGAUGAGCUUCGCCAUUUGCCCAAUAGCAAUCAAGGUAAGAGAGAUAAGGUGGCUGAAGAAUCGAACGGUGAAGCUUUAAAUAUAGGUUCCCCUGCGCGCAACAAAUUUGGAAAGGAAAUAGGGUCCUUGCAUGUGGACCGUACAAGAGAUUGGAUCAAGAAAACUGCAGUGCAUCUGAAUAAAGUUUUAUCUGCUACCUUUCCACAUAUUUGUGUUCAUCCAGCAAAAAAGGUGAGAGAAGGACUGCUGGGUGCCAUACAAGGACUCUUGUCAAAGUGCAGUUACACUCUAAAGGAUAGCAGAUUGAUGCUUCUGGAGUGCCUAUGUGUCUUGAUUGUUGAUGAUUGCAAAGACGUGUCAACUCCAGCUCAACAGUUUCUUGAAUAUCUUUUCUCUUCAAGUGGCAAACAUCAUGUGCAACACGAUAUGACUGAAAUAUUUGGCAGUCUCAUUGAGAAGCUUCCAAAAGUAGUGCUGAGGAAUGAGGAAUCGCUCACACUCUCACAUGCCCAGCAAUUACUUGUGGUGAUAUAUUAUUCUGGCCCUCAGUUUGUCUUGGAUCAACUUCUUUCUCCGGUAACAGCUGCAAGAUUCUUGGAUGUUUUUGCACUCUGUCUGAGUCAGAAUUCAGCGUUUACUGGUGCUCUCGACAAGCUAACUUUAGCAAGGUCACAUUCUGCUGGAUACCUUCCUUCCAUUGCUGAGCUGAAAGCUGGUUCUCAUUUUGCCAAUAAUUACCAGGUCAUCAUGGAUGCUGCUCCGUCUGAUAUCUCAAAGUUCAGUGAUGUUCAAGGAAAAAGAACCCAAUACUCGUCAAAAACUGUGGAGAGUAAUUAUGAACUUCCUCGCAUGCCCCCUUGGUUUGCUUAUGUUGGCAGUCAGAAGUUAUAUCGGGCUCUUGCAGGAAUUCUUAGACUAGUAGGUUUAUCUUUAAUGUCAGACUUCGGAAGCGAAGGGCAUAUGUCAGUUGUUACAGAUAUUCCACUUGAUUACCUCCGUAAACUGAUAUCUGAGGUCCGUGCUAAGGAUUACACUAAAGAGACUUGGCAGUCUUGGUAUAACAGAACUGGCUCAGGACAAUUACUACGGCAUGCCAGCACUGCAGCAUGUAUCUUGAAUGAGAUGAUAUUUGGUCUAUCAGACCAGUCAAUUGAUAGUCUCACAAAAAUGUUUCACAAAUCCAUGGUUAAGGGUGAAGAGAUUCAAGAAUUUGAUGCAAGAGGUGCCGGUAAUCAGCCUUGCACAUUUGAGUGUCCUGAGCUAACUCGAUCUAUUUGGAAGCUUUCACUGGAGAAGGCGUCUAGGGUUUCCUUGAUUGAAUGCAUCGGUAGAAUCUUACAUGAAUAUCUAUCAUCUGAAGUGUGGGAUCUUCCAAUGGAUCACAAACCUUCUCAUGUUCAACCUGAUGAUGAAGUGGGAGAAAUUACUUUGCACUUCUUUCAUGAUACUGCUAUGCUACACCAGGUUAUUAUUGAUGGAAUAGGCAUCUUUGCUGUGUGUCUUGGAAAAGAUUUUGCUUCGAGUGGAUUUCUUCACUCAUCUCUUUAUCUGUUGCUCGAGGGUCUUAUAUCCUCAAACUUCCAUGUUAGAAUUGCUUCUGAUGCUGUCUUACACGUUCUUUCAGCUACAUCUGGCUGUCAAACGGUUGGGCAAUUAGUCUUGGAAAAUGCGGACUACAUAAUUGAUUCAAUAUGUCGGCAAUUACGUCAUUUGGAUCUUAACCCACAUGUGCCUGGUGUUCUUGCUUCCAUGCUUUCUUAUAUUGGAGUGGCUCAUAAAAUAAUGCCCUUGUUGGAGGAACCGAUGCGCUCUGCAUCACAAGAACUCGAGAUCCUUGGCAGGCAUCAACACCCAGAAUUAACUAUUCCCUUUCUGAAGGCUGUAGCUGAAAUUGCCAAGGCAUCAAAACGUGAGGCUUCAUCAUUGCUUGCUAAUGCAGAAUUGUAUCUUAGUCAUGUUAAGGCUAAAGUGGAAAAGGAAGUUAGACUGGAAUCCAGACAAGGUUCACCCUCACAUUCUGACAAUCACACUAAUAUGUUGCAAAUGGAAUGCGAUCAAUGGGAGAAUAUUUUGUUCCAGUUGAAUGAUUCCAGAAGAUUCAGAAGAACUGUGGGAUCUAUUGCUGUUUCAUGCUUAACAGCUGCAACCCCUCUACUGGCUUCAGUGAAGCAAGCAGCAUGCCUGAUAGCCCUUGAUAUAGUUGAGGAUGGCAUGACAACACUGGCCAAAGUGGAAGAAGCUCAUCGGUACGAGAACCAAACUAAAGAAAUGAUUGAAGAUGUGAUUCGUUCUUACUCAUUCUACCAUCUUCAUGACACUUUGGAGGCUGCUGAGGAAGGAAAUAAUGAGAACAGAUUGCUUCCAGCAAUGAAUAAAAUAUGGCCUUUCCUGGUUGCCUGUAUUAGAAACAAAAACCCAGUGGCUGUUAGAAGAUGUCUAAGUACGGUAAGCAACGUAGUUCAAAUCUGUGGAGGAGAUUUCUUUUCACGUCGCUUCCACACUGAUGGGACACACUUCUGGAAACUUCUUUCUACAUCCCCAUUUCAGAAAAGACCAUUCUCUAAGGAAGAAAGGAUCCCUUUGCAACUUCCUUGCAGAAGCACUCCUACUUCUCCAGAGGACUCUAUGGCUGAAGUUUCAAGCCUGAAAGUCCAGGCUGCAGUGCUCAACAUGAUUGCUGAUUUAUCCAGAAACAAAAGGAGUGCUUCAUCAUUGGAAGCAGUCCUUAAGAAGGUUAGUGGUGUCGUUGUGGGGAUAGCUUGCAGUGGUGUUGCUGGGCUGCAUGAGGCUGCUGUUAAUGCAUUAAAUGGACUUGCAUCUAUUGAUUCUGAUCUCAUUUGGCUUCUACUAGCUGAUGUAUAUUACUCUUUGAAGAAGAAAGGCCAACCUUCGCCUCCCACUUCAAGUUUCCCGCCAAUGUCUCAGAUUUUGCCGCCUCCACUUUCUCCAAAAGGGUACCUCUAUGUACAGUCUGGAGGUCAAAGCUAUGGUUUUGAUAUUGACUUGUCCUCUGUAGAAGCUGUGUUCAAGAAACUACAUGCCCAGGUCUUUAGUAAUCAAAUGUAUAUAUGAAAAGUAUGUAAAAAGUUAUUUGUGAAAUACAAUGCACUAGAAAUUCAAAGAGUUGCCAAGUCAUAGUGUCCUUUGAUCUUCAUUAUAGUUUCUUUUCAGAGCAGCUUUUGUUCUUUAGUCAGGUCUGAUAUUUGAUUAGUAGGAUUUUGUAAGUCCAUGCAGACUGAUAUCUUAAAAUGAUUUUGUAUCAAUUUCUCUUCUUCC